AAAAGCAAAGAAGAAGACAAACAUCCAGGAACAGCAAGUUUUUUGCCCUUGUCUUGUUAUUUGUUUUUUUUUUUCUACUUCCACCUACAAUGCAAACCGGCUUAUAAUAAACAACAAAAAAAAAAGAUAUGGAAGAUGCCAUUGAGCCCGAGCCCGUGCUGCUGUCUAAGCAUGCCAAGAAUCUACUGCGCUUCCUCCACUUGUUGCCGGCCAGGAUGGCUUCCCAUGAUAACACACGGAGCACCAUAGUGUUCUUUGCCGUCUGCGGUUUAGAUGUAUUGAAUUCUUUGCAUCUAAUUCCGCCAAAGUUACGUGAGGAUAUCAUCAAUUGGACGUACGGUGGAUUGGUAGCUCCACGCGAAAAUGAGAAACGCUGCGGUGGUUUCAUGGGCUGCCGUGCCAUGGUGCCCAAAACAGAUGACUCCGAAAUACUGGAGUGCAUAAGGAAAUAUCAAUGGGGACAUUUGGCCAUGACCUACACAAGUGUGGCGGUGCUGGCCACUCUGGGUGAUGACUUCUCCCGUCUAGAUCGCAAGAGUAUUGUCGACGGGGUGGCCGCUGUGCAGAAGCCGGAGGGCAGCUUCAGUGCCAGCAUCAAUGGCAGCGAGGAUGACAUGAGAUUCGUUUAUUGCGCCGCAACCAUUUGCCACAUGCUCGACUAUUGGGGCGAUGUUAACAAAGAGACAAUGUUUCAGUUUAUUAUGCAAAGCUUACGCUACGAUUACGGUUUCAGCCAAGAGUUCGAGGGUGAAGCCCAUGGUGGCACCACAUUUUGUGCCUUGGCUGCCCUUCAAUUGAGCGGACAACUGCAUCGCCUGGAUGAUAACACCAAGGAGCGCAUUAAGCGCUGGCUUGUCUUUCGACAAAUGGACGGUUUCCAGGGGCGACCGAAUAAACCAGUGGAUACUUGCUACUCCUUUUGGAUUGGCGCUGCUCUCUGCAUACUCGACGGCUUCGAAUUGACAGACUAUCCCAAGAAUCGAGAGUAUAUAUUAAGCACGCAGGAUAAACUGGUCGGAGGAUUUGCCAAAUGGCCCCAGGCAACACCAGAUCCCUUCCAUACGUACCUAGGACUGUGUGGUCUGUCCUUUACCGGUGAACCGGGCCUAAGUGCUGUGCAGCCCAGUCUAAAUAUGUCCAUGGCUGCAUAUGCCCAUUUGCAGCAUUUACAUGAGCUAUGGCGGAAUAAUAGUGAUCUGGCUCACCUAAAACUGGGCAGUAAAGGUUCCACGGCGAAUGCAACACAAACAACGACUACCUCAAGUUCACCCUUGAUAUCCGCACAAUGAUGGGAACUAAUUGAAGGGAAAUGGUAAUGGGAGGGAAGGGUACAGCACACUAUUGUAUUAAUAAUAUUUUGCCACAUUUUCAAGCCAUGCUUUUAAACAAUUUUAUUUUAUGUAUUUAUAAGCAAAAAAGUUUGUAAUUUUAUGCAAAAACCAAGAAAAUGCAAAACGAAACUUACAUCCAUUAGAACCGGUUUCUAUAUUAAUUCCGAUUUUCCGAUGUUACAUUAUAGUUGUAUGGGUGAUUUUGCAAGAUCAGAUUAUAUAUUCUGAUACGAAUAUGAUAAAUAGCUGAUCGUUUAUACAUGUAUCUAAAUGGUAUUGCCAGUGUCGAUUGCAUAAGAAUUACUUUUGUUGAUGGAGAAUUUUAAACACCAAUUCAUGAAAUAAUAAAAAAAUUGUAAUUUUUGUACAAUGUAGGAAAUAACAAGAAA